GCAGAACGCCGUCGCUGCCGGCGGCUCUGAUCCGCGGAGGAGAGACGGAGCCGAGCUGCGACCAUCGCUUGAUUUCAUUUGACGCAGUAGAAGUGGCAGAAGCAGCGUGUGUGUCCGACCCAUAGUGAUGCUGAACGUGGGAGUUGUGGGCGGCAGCGGUCGGCACUAAAUCAGCUCUGAAACAAUAUUUGGUUUGUUACAUAAGGAAUACCUUGAAAUAAAGCACUUUUUGUUUUUGUUGUCACUUUCAGGCGGAGGUUGUGGGACUCCGAGUAUAGAAACACUAACACACUACCAAUCCCCGUGGGCAGCUAAUCCCGGAUCUCCUCUAAUCUCUUCAAAGCACUAUUUUGCACACACGUCAUGAUGAAGGACUGCCUGCAGUUCCUCGUUGAACCCGCUAAAAAGCUGAAGAUUCGCCUCAAGGAAACUCGGAAGAGAGUCCGGAAUGACAGGAAGGAACCUCUGGUGGAAAGUCAGCUGUUUAUUAUGGAACUGGCUCGGGAGCUGAAUAAAAUGUGCCAGAGGUCCCACGUCCUCAGCCACAUCUGGACCUUCGAGGACAGCUGGCCUGCCAGCGUGUGUCGGGACUUCAUCGUGGAGUGGGCCGCCGUGAUCGAGAAGAGGGUGCAGCCCCGGCUGAUCCAGACGGAGAGCCAGGCCGAGAGGACGGAGAAGAGGGACUGGAAAGGCCACCUGCUGUGCAUGCUGGAGGCCGGGGGGGAGUACGAAAUGGCGCCCCACAAGAGAGUCAUCCUGGACUGGGUACUGGACGUCAGGAGCCGGCCGGAGGCGUCUAUCUGGCCGGGGGAGCCUGUGCUGAUGAUGCUGGAUGACCUGGAGUUCCAGUGGAAGAGGGGCCGUCUGCCUAAUCUGCUCCCAGCCAUGGAGCUCAUCAUGCUGGCCUUGCUCAACGCCCAGAGUCCUGAAAAGGAGGACGUAACCAAACAGUGGCUGGUGAGGAAGCAGCGAACCCAGAGGAUCGAUGCUGCUCGCUACAUCCCACACAGCGUGUGGAAUUGGAUCUGCGAGGCGGCAGAGGACGUCCUCCUGGACCCCGACACGGCCAACGGCGACCUGCUGAUCUCCGACGACGCCAAGCGCAUGCGCUGCGGCGUGGAGGGCGGCGACGCCCCCUGCUGCGCCCGCCGCUUCGACGGCUGGCGCUGCGCCGCCGCGCGCCGCGGCUACGCCUCCGGGCGCCGCUACUGGGAGGUGGAGGUGGGCGACCGCGACUGGCGCCUGGGCGUGGCCAAGGCCCGGGCGCCGCGCAAGGGCUACCGCGCGCUCAACGCCGACUCGGGCUACCUGACGCUGCGGCUGGAGCGCGGCAGCGAGCUGAAGGCGCUGACGGUGCCGGCCACGCCCCUGGCGCCCGGCCUGGCGCCGCCCCGCCGGGUGGGCGUGUACCUGGACUACGAGCAGGGCCAGCUGUCCUUCUACGACGCCCAGCGGCGCGCUCAUCUGUACACGUACAACGAGAGGUUCACCGAGGAGCUCACCCCCGUGUUCGGCACGGCGGAGGCCAUGAAGGACCUGGUGAUCCGGCCUGCUGCCGUCAGGGGCCCCUGCCUCUGUCCCGGGCCCUGCCUGUGGAACUGAACCCCCCGUCCCCCCGUCCCGCACACGGACCCGUCCCGCACCCCGUUGCACCCCGGUCGCGUUGUUAUGUUGUUAUGGUUACUGUUAUGAUUGUUGUUGUUUUCCUGGCUCAUUGCUGGCACAAUGAUGAGUUUGAUGAGAUACGGGAUGAAAUUCCGUUUUCUUAUUUCGAUUGAUUUUCCUGGGCUUGAAGCGCAGCAUGCUUCCCCUGCAGGGUUGCCUUUUUUGAGACAUAGGGUAGGAAAAGCACCUGACAUCCCGUUGACCUUCGACCCCCGUACUAAACUGUAUCGAACAAGGAUGAAGGACACAUCUCUAUCUCUGAAAAUAUAUCUAUUUUUGACACCGUUUAACAUUCAGAAACGAGAACUCGGCCACGUGUCCACGAAGCAUGAAGACGCGUCUUGGGAGGACCGCGACGCAGUAGAGUGCUAACGUAGAGCCUAGGCUGUGCAUGCCAACAGACGGCAGUCUCUGCUUCUCUUCCUCUCUCUCUCUCCAGCUUGUUGCAGGCAUUUCUGUAGUGCAUUAGCGUUUUAGUUUUUGUUUUUUGACACGUUUAAUUCUGCUGAAACUCAUCUGUGCAUUAUCUUGUGAUGGCCAAGGCACGACCCCUCAUCCAAACGAUAAUAAAUGACAAAAUGGCAGACUCCAUGAUUAA